AUGGUGCACACUCCCGUUGUUCAGGCUUUGGUCGACCAAAUCAAUCACGAGCCUGAAUGGAAUCACGUGUUCAGCAAAGCUAUCAGUGAUGCGAUCGAUCAAGCGCCUGCCUACAUGGAAAAAUAUAAAAUUCAGGAUCUGGAAGGCUAUUUCAACUACAUGGAUGACCUCCAGACUUGGAUCCCCAGCGAGAAUUCCACCGCCACCCAGGUCCUUGAGCGAGUUCGCAUUUUCUAUUUCCUCUUCAACCAAGCUACUGUUCGAGGCCUCCAGACCCCAAUCAGUCCAGAGACGACCCGGGGCCCUCUUUCGUGGCUAUCAGGAUGGCUGGUUCGUUAUGCAGUAACCCUAGGGCAGUUUCUGGACACCCCAGAGUCCUUGACACCUGAGACACUUGCAACAUUCCAUGCCUCCGGAAAGUAUGGAUUGGAUGACUACUUUGUUCCGGAUGGUGGUUGGAAGUCAUUCAAUGACUUCUUUGCUCGCCACCUGAAGCCAAACAAACGGCCAAUUGCGGCCCCAGCCGACCCAAUGGUGAUCGCUAGUCCUGCGGACUGCAUGCUCCAAGGACAAUGGCCCGUCGAUAAAAAUGGCAGUGUUACAUUCAAGGGCAUCCCCUGGCAAAUCUCCGUUCUGCUGCAAGACAGCGCGUACGGAGAAUACUUCCACGGCGGUGCUUUCUUUCACUCAAUCCUUUUUCCGUUCGAUUAUCACCGCAUGCACGCCCCGGUGGACGGCAAAGUCCUCGAGUGCAAAGUCAUUCCUGGUCAAGUUAUGCUGGAAGCCAUUGCGGUGAAUGGGAGACCGCGAAGCAAUCCCGAUGCGGAGGAAGGAUACCAAUGGUGCCAGACACGAGGCUUGAUUGUCUUGGAUUCGCCCAUUGGCAAAGUUGCGAUUCUACCAAUUGGAAUGGGCCAUAUUUCGUCAGUCACUAUGACUCCGCGCGUUGGAGAGGAUGUCUCCAAAGGAGACGAAAUCGGAUACUUUCAAUUCGGGGGAUCGGAUAUCAUCGUGGUCUUUGAAGGUCUGAGCAAUAUUACGAUACAAAUACCGGCGCCAGACGAUCAAGACCACCCUGAUUCCCGAUACAAGAUGGGAGAGAAACUCGGAGUUGCCAGUCUGUGUGACUAG